UUCUCAGCCUCGGAUGCUCCUCCGAAGCUAUAGCAUUGGGUGUUUUGCAGGUAAAUUGUAUGAUUGUACGGUAAAAACCACCGCGCCCCUCACGACUUCUCCUCUUCUCUUCUCUCCUCCUCCUCUCAUCGCCCCCUCCCCCUCAUCGGCAAACUCCACUCCACUUCUUCCUCUGCCUGUCCGGUUCGAGCAAUUUAUUCCCGCCCGGACCGCUUUACUUUCCACCGCUUUCUUUUCAUCUUCCAUCAUCUUUCUUUUCCUUCUUAUAUCCUCCCCCCCCACCUGCCUUCCCUUGGGUCCGUCUAAGCUACUAUCUUUGACCUGAUACCCCUCGUCAUCACAAUGGCCGACACCGUAGGAAAGACCAUCACCUGCAAGGCUGCCGUCGCCUGGGGCGCCGGAGAGCCCCUCUCCAUCGAGGACAUUGAAGUCGCACCUCCCAAGGCCCACGAGGUUCGCAUCCAGAUCCACCACACCGGUGUCUGCCACACAGAUGCCUACACUCUCUCCGGAAAGGACCCCGAGGGUGCUUUCCCCGUCGUCCUGGGUCACGAGGGUGCCGGUAUCGUCGAGUCCGUCGGCGAGGGCGUCACCUCCGUGAAGCCCGGUGACUAUGUCAUUGCUCUCUACACCCCCGAGUGCCGGGAGUGCAAGUUCUGCAAAUCCGGCAAGACCAACCUCUGCGGGAAGAUCCGCGCCACCCAGGGCAAGGGCGUGAUGCCCGACGGCACCUCGCGCUUCAAGGCGCGCGGCAAGGACCUCCUGCACUUCAUGGGCACCUCGACCUUCUCGCAGUACACCGUGGUGGCGGACAUCUCCGUGGUGGCCGUCACGCCCAAGAUCCCCACCGACCGCUCGUGCCUGCUGGGCUGCGGUAUCACCACCGGCUACGGCGCCGCCGUCGAGACCGCCAAGGUCGAGGAGGGCUCCAACAUCGCCGUCUUCGGCGCGGGCUGCGUUGGCCUGUCGGUGAUCCAGGGCGCGGUCAAGAACAAGGCCGGCAAGAUCAUCGUCGUGGACGUCAACGACGGCAAGGAGGCGUGGGCCCGCAAGUUCGGCGCCACCGACUUCGUCAACCCCACCAAGCUCAGCGGCAAGACCAUCCAGGAGCAGCUGAUCGAGAUGACCGACGGCGGCUGCGACUACACCUUCGACUGCACGGGCAAUGUCGGGGUCAUGCGCGCGGCCCUGGAGGCGUGCCACAAAGGAUGGGGUCAGAGCAUUGUGAUUGGUGUUGCUGCUGCCGGCCAGGAGAUCUCCACUCGCCCAUUCCAGCUGGUUACCGGCCGUGUGUGGAAGGGCUGUGCCUUCGGUGGUAUCAAGGGCCGCACGCAGCUGCCUGGCCUGGUUGACGACUACCUGAACGGCCAGCUGAAGGUGGACGAGUUUAUCACGCACCGGGAGAAGUUGGCGGACAUCAACACUGCGUUUGAGCAGAUGAAGCAGGGCGACUGCUUGAAUACCAUCUGA